AUGGGAACGAUUAACAGCAAAACAUUUGGAAGCUCUUUCCGUGAAUGGAAAUUUUGUCAGUUCAAACUGAACAAGCUACGGCAGAUGAACUGGAUGGAGUGUCCUGCAUGUGAACAACAGCAACACUCAGUGCACAUAGAUGGUAAUAUGAAACUUUAUCGGUACAAAUCUGUGGGGAUGUAAGUAUUUUGUAUACAGAAUAAGCACAUGACAAUGUUAUCACAAUGCAUUGUAAUUAUUUCGCAUAAUAUAGCUGUGUAUCCUGAAAUGUUCAAUGCCGUAAUUUCAAGCAGGAAGUUGUGACAUGUUUCUACGCUACCAUAGUUUCUAUUUUGUCACAUGUUUUCUAUUUAUAGUAUAUAAAAAAAGUAUCUUCCAAUGUUCCAUGCUGUAACUUCCUGUAUGAUGAACUGAAUUAGGGGCUUUGCUGGAAACUUAAAGAUACAUUUACAGUAGCUAAUUUUCUAUCGUGCUGGCAGUUACAACAGUAACCCUAAAAUCUUUAAAAUAUCGUAUUGUGGGUUGGCUAAUGGCUAUGAGUUUAAUUUUGUUUUUGGAGGAAACGAUAUGAUGAUUUCUCAUUUCAUGUUACAUAUUGUGUUGGAUUACAUAUACAGUACAGUAAUUAAGCAAGCUUUAGCUAUAAAAUUUGCCUUAGGGGUUCGAAAAACUACUAAAUGUUACUGUAAUUAAAUUUGAACUGAGACUGAUCAUGGUCAUCUGCCCAAUGCAUACAUUGUGUCUUAGUAAUCAGGCAUUGCAGCAGUAAGGAAUUUCAACCACCUGAAAACAUAACAAGAAGAGCUUCAACGUUUCGAGCGAAGGUCCUUCAUCGCUACUGCUGUAACUUCCCAAUGUACUGUCUUUGCUCCAAACGUCGAAGAUCUAUUUUUAAGGUAGUAGAAUCCCUUACACCGCAAUGCCUUACUUUUUUUCUAUUUGCUCUGGCAGCGAUCGUUCCAGAUCUUUGUUUUCGUAAUCGUAUGUUUUAUAUAAAGUUAAACUGAAAUUUACUUAUAACUUAUUCAGCAGGCAAAGGGAGUGCUACUAUGGCAAGGCUUUUAUUGCUUCGAAUGAAAAGAUUCAACAGCAUUUGUGUAAAAUUUACAAGAGAGGAAAGGAAAAGGUAUUCUGCAAUAAUUGACGUCAUUUAGCCAUUUAAUUUUUUUGUUUGAGUAAAGGAUUUUUUUAAAACUCAUUAAAUAUCAAUGUGUCGCAGCACUCUAUAUCUGGAUCCUGGGAUGUGCUGUACGUAUAGAAAGCUUGUGAUUGUUUUGGUUUUGUAACAAAUCGACUCCUUUAAUUAAUUUUCUAAUGGCCUUACUGUACUUGUUAGGGUAUUCUGAAUCCACCUGUUUUAAUUCUGUACCUGUUCUUUGUUACGCGUGCUUAACCCAUUGAGCGGCAAUGCUCUACCCUUAAGGAUUAAAAUCGUUCGGCGUUUGAAAAGUACCAAAAAAAUAGGCACACUGGGGCGCAUUGCAGCUUAAUUGGUUAAACAUUCAAUAUCUGCAUGCUCAAAGUAUUGCUGAGCAACCGUUUUUAAGUUGUUAAAUUUAUUCCUUAGGUGACCGACGAUUCUAAGUGUGGCGAUUCCGUGUGGCGUGCUGCUGGCAAUACUUUAAAUAAAAAGAAAAACGUUGAUGAAACUGGACUGGAAAUUGCUGGUUGUCGUCACAGUGUUGCCCAGCAUGCAGUUAGCAUGAAGCAUGGAGAAGUGUAUGGCUAUGCGCAUUAUAUGCAACUGAAAUACUACCUUCCACGUGCAACUAAAUUCUUCUGGUAUGAUGUUAUUUGCAUGCAAGUAUUGGCCUUGGCUCCAUAAAAAUGACGUAACAACAUGCCAGAAGAUGAAACCUGCUCUUUCCGUCAUGCAUGCAAAGGCACAUGCAUGGCAUUGCCAGGUGAGGUUCGCUGCCUUCAGUUAUGUGUUACUUGGUAAGUACAAGCAGGUGCAGUGUUCGAUUGUUUUAAUUUUUUGCAGGUCAUUUGGGGUGGACGAUGGCAAGCUGGCGCUUCUGCAACAACAGGAGAAGAAGUAG